GUGUAAAGAUCACUCACGCUAAUCAUUCUCUUCCGCUCAGAAUGCCACCUAUGCCAGGCUUUCCCAUGGCACCGCCAUUCGCGGGGUCUCCGCCACCCGGUAUGCCUGGGGCCCCCGGUGUACCACCCUUCCCUCCUCCGCCCGGCAUGCGCCAUCCAUUCCUGCCUCCAUUCCUUCCUCCCGGUGUCAGCCCACCGCCUGGUUUCACACCUCCGCCAGGCGCAAACGGUAUGGUUCCGCCGAUGCCUAUGCCCCACGGUGCGUCGCCCUCACCAGGUGUCAUACCGGGCAUGCCCCCGCCCCCGAUGGGCGUUCCUGGGGCAUCGUCUCCUCGACCCCCUCCUGGUAUGGUACCUGCACCCCCUUCAAUGAGCGCUACCAACCCGCCUGUUGCACCGCCGCUGACGCUACCGAAUCCGAGUCUGGCGCAGACGAACCCGCCGUUCAAGAAGGCGACGGUGCUCAAGUGGGACGAUCCCAACUUCUCUCCCGAGGAAAAGCGUGCGACGCACCCCAAGUACUAUUUCCCCAAGGACGGCGAUGCGCAGAAGCACGCCAAGGCUCAGGCGCAGCAGCAGCAACAGCAGCAGCCGCAACAAUAUGCAGGUGGUGCGCCCGCUUACGAGGAGUCGCGCGGGAAGAAGCGUGCACGCGCGGAGGACUUCUUGUAGAUCCCGCGCCUCAGGUCAGCCCGUCUGUUCCCCACCUUGACUGCCUUGGCAACAGCGCAGUGGAUUAACGAGGGA